CGCCCAAUUCAGAGAGGGAGGGAGUUUCAGGGGUCGUGUGAAGAGGAAGGCUGCCGCAAAGAGCUGAUCAUUUUCUUCUGACGGCCGACGACCAAGAGGGGAAGAAAGUAGAGAAGAGAAGAGGAUGGGCGACGCUUCGACGGGGAGAUCGGGUGGUGGCUCCACCGAUUCUUACAUCGGCAGCCUUAUCAGCCUGACAUCCAAGUGCGAGAUUCGGUACGAGGGCAUCCUCUACAACAUCAACACCGAAGAGUCCAGCAUCGGCCUUCGAAACGUAAGAUCUUUUGGAACUGAAGGGCGGAAGAAAGAUGGCCAACAGAUUCCUCCAAGUGACAAAGUUUAUGAAUAUAUACUUUUUCGUGGAUCUGAUAUUAAGGAUUUACAAGUGAAGUCAUCUCCACCAGUCCAGGCAACUCCUCCGCCAAUACAUAAUGACCCUGCUAUUAUACAAUCUCACUAUUCACGUCCGGCAUCAAUGUCUACAAGCCCAGGUUCUGUUGCGGAUCUUAGUUCCCAACAUUUGGCCAGACCAACAUUUCAAGGUGGCUUGCCAUUAUACCAACCUGGAAACAGUGUAGGUUCAUGGGGCUCUACUCCUCAACCACCAAAUGCAAAUGGUGGUGGUCUUGCUAUGCCGAUGUACUGGCAAGGAUUUUAUGGACCUUCAAAUGGUCUUCCUCAUGUCCAACAGCAGCCUAUGCCUUUUCGGCCUCCUCCAGGCUUGGGAAUUCCACCAGCUAUGCAGCAGCACUUUCCAUACCCUAGUUUGAGUGCUCCCUUGCAGACAAGUUCAACAAGCUCGCCUGAACUUCCAAAUCCUGUCCAACCACCUGUUAGUUCCACUAUUUCAACUUCAAUCUCCUUGCCAUCAACAUUAGCUUCUGCCCAACUUCCACCAUUAUCAUCUGAAACAUCAACCAGUCUCAUCUCCAAUAAGGCGCCUUUGGUUUCUCUUUCUUCUGCUGGUGCCAGUGUGAGUUUACCAUUGGCAUCUUCCCUGGUGCCUGCUGCUCAAGAGAUAAAUGCAAUUGUUACACCACUUCCAUCUAAGCCAACGCCAGUUCGGCCAUCAACUUUGGCUUAUCAGACUGUAUCUCAGUCAUUGUCGUCCAUCACAGGGGCUUCAACUUCGAUGCCUUCUGAAACUUCUAUUCCAUCUUUGAUCACCCCGAAUCAGCUAUUGCACCCCGGGGCAUCUGCACCUUCAACCCAUCAGUCAUUGCCUGCAGUGCAAAAGGAUGUUGAAGUGGUGGUGUCCUCAUCUUCAUCGUCGUCAUCAUCAUCAUCAACAGCAGCUGCAGCGACAGCAAAAGCAGCUGCUGCAGAAUCACCAGCAUUGGUUUCCGCAGAUGCAAAAGGGCCACUAUUGCCUCUCCCUAAAGCUUCUGAGCAAAAGAUAAAUGGAGCUCAUCGAAUUUCACAUGUCGGCAGCAGAGGGCGUGAAAGAGGAAGAGGACAUGGUGGACGAGGGGUUGGGCGUUCUGUGACCCAGUUUACAGAGGAUUUUGAUUUCAUGGCAAUGAAUGAAAAAUUCAAUAAGGAUGAAGUAUGGGGCCAUCUUGGCAAGACUCAAUCACAACAAAGAGAUAAAUCAGUAGAUUUGGAGGAUGAUGAUGCUGAUGAUGCUGAUGAUGAAGAUAAGGAAGACAAUGCCCACUUUUCUAGGGUUGAAGUGAAGCCUGUUUAUGUCAAGGAUGACUUCUUUGAUUCACUUUCUUGCAAUGCAUUGGAUCAAGGAUCACGCAAUGGAAGGACUAAAUUUUCUGAGCAAAUGAAAAUAGACACUGAGACUUUUGGCGAUUUCCCUAGGCACCGAGGAGGGAGAGGUGGGCGUGGAGCAGGUCGUCGUGGUAAUUUUAGGGGCUCAUACUAUGGAGGAAGGGGAUAUGGCUAUGGUGGUAGAGGACGUAAUCAGAUGGUCUCUGCCCGUGAUCAAUAGGUCCCGUUGUGAAGAUAUCUAUCCCCUUUCAUAAGGCUGGUACUGAUGGGUUGCACAAAAAUAUGGGUUGCCUACCUUGGCCGCUUCUCCACAGAAAGAUGAGAUCCUCCAAGGUCGAAGUAUUUCUGUAGUACCGAGAAAUAAGCUUAUCUGGUCGUAGAGUCUACAGCUUGUAUGUGAACAAUUAGUUCCGCUUGAGCUUUGUGUCUUUUACUCGACUCCGUCUUAGUUUGCACUUCUUUCAGUUCCUGUAUGGAACAUUUGCUCUUAGUACGAUUAUUGUAAUGACUACUGCAAAUUAUGAAAUGGAGUUGGACUUCUUAGUUAUUUGAAACAUA